GAGCUCGGUGCGCAUUCAGACACACCAAAUAUUUACUUCGAGCAGCGAAGAACCACUACUCCACCCAAGAGCGUAUGAUAGAAAUCAUAGCGAGAUGCACGACGGCUACCCCAUCGAGAAGCUGCUCGGCGAGGAGCCAGAUCUGCCGCAACAGAUCUUCUUCCGUCUUGGUAGCCUCAACAACCUCGUCCGAGCAGCCGCAGUUUUUCAUCAUGGUACUGCGCCGUCAAGAAUCCAGCGUUCCUCAAAAUCUCAAAUCAUUCCAUGAGAGGGCUUUAAACGAGAUCCUGGCGCUACAUUAUGUGAGGCAGUGGAUGGGGACAAAGCUACAGAGGACUCUAUCGCCGUUAGGAGAUGAGAUCGACCAAUCCAGGAUGAUUCUUCUUUACGAAGUUUUGGGAUUAGCCGGGAACAUCGGGCAACUCCCUACAAAAUUCAAGAUUUGCCAGACUGAUUGCUGAGAGGUG